CCGUUGGGAAAUGGGAGCGUGUGAAGGCAGCCUCUCGCUCGGUGUUGCGCUUUCGUUUGUCAGAGAGGGCGCUCGUGCUUCUUCUUCGUCUCUUUCCGCGCGAUUUCAGCGCCGCUGACGUUCCGGAGGGUCAUGUGAUCUGCUCCGUUCCCAGGGUUCCGUGAGAGCCUAUUUGCCCCACCCCACCUCUUCAGUGCUGGCUAAGAUUGCUUUGCCCUGCUUUUGGACAGAGACAGAAGGGUUGAACGAAGAAUUGACGUUUAAAAAAAAUCCGAGCGUUGUAUGGGCCGCGCUCAGACAUCCAGCGGGUCGCCGGGGGACGUGCGCAAAAAGCGUGGAGGAAUGUGAGCGCGCGCGGUUCACUCUCACCGGCCUUCUGCACGUGCGCGAGAGGUGCAGCUCGGAACGCUGAACCCGACGCUGAGGCUGUCAGCGCCGAGGAGAAAACACCCGUGAGAUGUGCGGAAAAAGCCGAUAGAUUUCUCUCGUUUGGCCGUUUUAACGCGCUGGGAUUGGGACCGAAACUGUUCUGGCUUUGUUUUUGUCCUAUUACGCGGAGCUUCGAAGCGAAAGGACGGACGUACGCUGAAUCUCAGGAGAAGCUAAACUAACGAAGGCCCCUCGGAUUGGAGGGAGGGGGGCAGCAGCCAUCGCAGAAACGGGCGAAAUGAGGAAAAAUUGAAUUAUUCCUCUAGACAAAAGCGAAUACACGGAUCUACGACUGCUUCACAACGUCACACCUGCUUCGAGAUUUUAUUUUAUUUUUUUAUUAUUAUUUUUGGGCCUGAAACGAACAGAGCGAAAAGAGACAGUUGUAGCUAAAAUAAUUUUCGCUGGUCUUGCUAGCCUGCUAGCUAGGCUACACGGCUGCUCUGCGUGGAUCGGGGCUACAAGUAGGAAACGACGGCCUUGCUGUGCUGAAAUGCUCCAAAUCAACCACGACCCGUGUGUAUGUGUUUCAGUGUGGUCCAGCAAAUCGAAACGAGUUGUUUUUUUCAGCCAGUACUCUGGGUAAAUACGUUUCGUGACAUGAACUCGUCUUUUUUUCUUCGGCUCUUCGUUGGAAAGUUGAGGGUGGAGGCCUCGAGUGAUCAAUGGAUGGAUAUUAAGCUUCUUUAGCUGUCUUGGACGGAAGCAUUAGCUUGUAACUUGGGGGAAUUUAAGCGAACAUUUGUGUCCGAUCGUUCUAAUUUAAAAAUUAUCACAAUAGUAAAUAUAACAUACUUCUGUUACCCUUUCACCCUGAGCUAUGAAAACAUGCAUAAUGAACUCGUUAGUCAUACAUCAAUGUCAUGGCUGAAAUGGUGGUUGAGGUAGGCUAUAGGUUACAGUGCGACCACUUCAAACAUGUGUAGCCUACAUGUCCUCGGCAGUUCGAGUCAUUUCGUGGAUCGAGCACAAAUAGAGUAAGCUUGUUCGCGUGUGUGUGUAUAUAUAUUUAUAUUUGCCGUCACAUUUUCCCUGGACCUCCUUCUUUCAUGGGGAAGAUGGGCUGUUUGGGCAACAGCAAGACUGAGGAUCAGAGGAACGAGGAGAAGGCGCAGCGGGAAGCUAACAAGAAAAUCGAGAAACAGCUUCAGAAAGACAAACAGAUCUACAGGGCCACGCACAGACUGCUGCUUUUAGGUGCAGGAGAGUCUGGGAAGAGCACUAUUGUGAAACAGAUGCGGAUUUUGCAUGUUAAUGGCUUCAAUGCUGAAGAAAAGAAACAGAAAAUUCAAGACAUUAAGAACAACAUAAAAGAGGCCAUAGAGACAAUAGUUGCUGCAAUGAGCACACUCGCUCCACCUGUCCAGGUCGCCUGUCCAGAAAACCAACGGCGAAUUGAAUACAUCACCAAUUUACCUAAUCAGAAAAACUUUGAGUUCACAUCUGAGUUUUAUGAGCAUACAAAAAAGCUGUGGCAGGAUGAUGGAGUGAAGGCCUGUUAUGAGCGCUCCAAUGAGUAUCAGCUGAUCGACUGUGCACAGUACUUUUUAGACAAAAUAGAAAUUGUACAACAGAGUGACUACACACCGUCUGACCAGGACCUGCUCAGAUGCCGAGUUCUGACCUCCGGUAUUUUUGAGACAAGAUUCCAGGUGGACAAAGUAAACUUCCACAUGUUUGAUGUUGGUGGGCAGAGAGACGAGCGUCGAAAGUGGAUUCAGUGUUUUAAUGAUGUAACUGCCAUCAUUUUUGUAGUGGCUAGCAGUAGCUAUAACAUGGUCAUCCGAGAAGACAAUCUAACCAACCGCCUCCAGGAAGCACUUAAUCUCUUUAAAAACAUCUGGAACAACAGAUGGUUGCGGACGAUCUCUGUAAUUCUCUUCCUAAAUAAGCAGGACCUGUUGGCUGAAAAGGUCUUGGCAGGAAAGUCAAAAAUCGAAGAAUAUUUUCCUGAGUUUGCUCGCUACACCACACCAGAUGACGCAACCCCCGAGCCAGGAGAGGAUCUGCGAGUCACAAGGGCGAAAUAUUUCAUCCGGGACGAAUUUCUGAGGAUCAGCACAGCGAGCGGUGAUGGCCGUCACUACUGUUACCCACACUUUACGUGCGCAGUGGACACGGAGAACAUUCGCCGUGUCUUCAAUGACUGCCGAGACAUCAUCCAGAGAAUGCACCUCCGCCAGUAUGAGCUCUUGUGAUUGGACGAGCUCUAGAGGCAGGCAGACAGACUUUUUUUAAAAAGAGACAGACUUUUGCAAAUCUUGUGUUUUGGCGGAGUUUGAGAGUGAUGGAUCGUCUAAGAGCUGUGGGCUAAGGGCCCCUCACACCACACACACACACACACACACACUUUUAUCAUGCUGUUGAGGACCAAAUAUCAUGCAGUAUCCAUUUGAAGCAGCAGCCCCAUUUUAAGACAGUUAACUACAUACACGUACACAUGCUGACUGAGACGUAAUUAAAAGUUCAUUUGAAAAGUCGAGUCAUAUGAUCAUUUGCAUAAGUAGAUGACACAUGGACGAAUCUUAAAUUGCUCUAUCUGACAAAAAUGUACUCCUUCAAACACAUAGCUUACAGUCUCUAGUUGUGCUUCUUUUAUUAGCUCACCCACUCAUCAGAGUGUGUACAACAACACACAUGACAUGCACCGCUGUCCCCAGCAGUACCCGACAGUCUUUCAACUGAUUUAUGAUGGCCACGCUGCUGGACCGGAAUCACAGGACUGUGCUUGACUGAGUUUUUCAGUUGGCUGGAUCAGCUUUAUUUGCCAUCCCUUGACCUCUUAUGGAGAAAAGGAUAAUUCCUUACCAAAUGGUAGAAGAGCAGGACUGGCUGCAGUGCACAAGAUGGACAAUUGAGACGCAACCUUGUCACUUGACUUGCUCGCUGCUUUUGGAUAAACUCGAUCGAUCGCAACUCUCCACUCCGCAUACCCACUCUCUUCUUUGAUCUUCUAAUUUAAUGCAAAUAAUUUGAUUGAGAGCACUCUCGCUUUUGGGGGGAAAAACACACACACACCCACACACACACACACACACACACACACACACACACACACAUACAUACAUAUAUAUACACACACACAAACACACACAAAUGACUUUUUGGGAAUGGAAUACUGCUCCCUUAUACCGUAUUUCCUAUUGGUCACUCUUGCCAUCUCCCCAGUGCUCCUUUUCCUGUUCUCCUGCUCUCUCUUCCCCUCCAACCCUCUAUUUUAUUGUUGGACUAUUAUUCUUGUACAGACUGCAAAAUGUAUUAUUUUGUACUUUAUUGAAAAAAAGACUUGUAGAAGUUCCUGUGCCUUGAUCACAACACUGCGUGUAAAAAGAAAAAAAAGAGCUAAAGGCGUAAGGUAUGUCUGCGCUGUAUUGCUUAGCCUUAGCCACCCUUCCAACCAAUCAGUUGAGCCUCUUUGUUGCUCUUCCCCCCCCUCCCCCCCCAUGCCUCUGCUGCUCCCAUGUUGUGUUAUUCCAAAUUGCUUUACAUCCACAUGCCCCCCACCCCCUUUCCUGGAGAGAGAAAUAAUAAUUAGAACAAGUAUGGAUGUAAAAACGAACAGCUUUUUGGUUUUAAUUGAAUCAAGAAUAUUUAACAUCAAUUUUGUGCACUUAAUGUUGUGUGCAUUCCUGCAAUUGCAGUCCUGUUCCCAUGAGGGUUGGAAUAUGACUUCACUGUUUUAUUUCAGUUUUAGCUUGAAGGAUAAAGGUGGUGGGGGAGGGAGGUGGCUAUCCAAAUGCAAAAUCUGGCUUGUUUCUACAUUAUUCCAUUUUUCCUAACUAAAAAGAAGAAGCCAAAA